AUGCGUAUCGAGCAUUUCGACCUCGUCCUCGACAGAAAUCUCGACACGCCCUAUGUAGGAGGCGAUAUUGUCAAGGGCGAGAUCACAAUCCACGCGACCCGUCCCGUCAAAGUGGCCGGGCUUCACGUUCGACUCUUUGGAUUAGCUGAAACGGGUUGGUAUAAUAAGAACACGGACGUGGUUUUUGAGAGUCGAGAGACUGUUCUCGAUGAGCCGAUCGAUCUCACCGUCGAGAUUUUCGAGCAUUGCAAUCCCGAGUACGAGCUCCACGACGGACUGCACAAGAUCUCGUUUGAAACCCACCUACCACUUGACGUGGUCUCAUCCGUGGAAAGAGAGGGUUUCGGGAGCGUGCGAUACACAUGUUCUGCCAUUCUUCAUCUACCUGAGGAUGGCGGAAGCGAGUUCAUAUCAGAGAAAACUUUCAAAGUGUGGUCAUUGCUCAAUUUGGACGCGCCUUAUCUCAGGGAAUCGACGUCGGUCACUGAAGAAGAAGAGCUGCACGGCUGUUGUGGAAGUAGCAAAGGGAUGCUCAUGGCUACAAUGCAAGUGGCAGAGAUAGGACUCCUACCAGGUGAAACAACUCGCCUCACGCUCACUCUCGAGAACCGAACAAAGCCAAAACGAUGGCGGAAAAGGGACAGCAACAAAGAAUGCGUGCUUGUUUCUUUAUGUCAACAAAUCGAUUUUGUGGCCCGAAAUCGAUAUGAGUCUCAUCUCUCCGAUCGAAGAUCAAUCACAAUUGCGGUGGAAACGCAUGGUACGUGCAAAGCGGCACCCGGCAAAGGUCCACAAACAAAAGUGAUCGACUUCACGAUACCCAGUGACCUCCCCCCUACGAGUAUUCAGGCUAUAAGCACAGAUGUGUUGGAUAAGGCAAACGGCCUCGUCACAUGCAGCUAUUUCUUCAAGCUCGAUCUCGAGCAUUUCGAUGUGGUUGUGCCGGUGAUUCUUGGAUCGAGAAAGACACCUGGACCGAUUGAU